AAAGUGAACACAGGCUCAGGGCGGGACGGAAGGCCGCGGUGCGCUUCUCCUCCCGGGGAUCCUCUCCUUCAGUUCGGUUUACCGAGGCUACUCAGAUUCAUUCUCUCGGGAUCCAGGACACAUGUGCGCCUCACAGUGACCAGGUACACCGGGUGGACAUUCGCGGAGAGAAAUCAGCAGUCUACGUGAAGAAGAGCAACGUUAAAAACAGACAUGGAGGAAAAGGCGUUCGCGAAGGAGCUGGACCAGUGGAUCGAGCAGCUCAACGAGUGCAAACAGCUGUCAGAAACUCAAGUUAAAACCCUCUGUGAAAAGGCUAAAGAGAUCCUGACGAAGGAGUCGAAUGUGCAGGAGGUGCGGUGUCCGGUCACCGUGUGCGGAGAUGUUCACGGCCAGUUUCAUGACCUGAUGGAGCUCUUCAGAAUCGGAGGAAAGUCUCCAGACACAAACUACCUGUUCAUGGGAGAUUAUGUGGACCGAGGCUAUUACUCUGUGGAAACCGUCUCGCUGCUCGUCGCUCUCAAAGUCAGAUACCGUGAACGUGUCACAAUACUCAGAGGAAACCACGAAAGCAGGCAGAUCACACAAGUGUACGGCUUUUAUGACGAGUGCUUACGGAAAUACGGCAAUGCAAACGUGUGGAAAUUCUUCACAGACCUCUUCGAUUACCUUCCCCUCACUGCCCUGGUAGAUGGACAGAUAUUCUGUCUUCAUGGAGGAUUGUCGCCGUCCAUAGACACUCUGGAUCACAUCCGAGCGCUGGAUCGUUUGCAGGAAGUUCCUCAUGAGGGCCCCAUGUGUGAUUUACUGUGGUCAGACCCGGAUGACCGCGGCGGAUGGGGCAUUUCUCCUCGAGGUGCGGGAUACACCUUUGGCCAGGAUAUUUCUGAGACUUUCAACCAUGCCAACGGCCUGACGCUGGUGUCCAGAGCUCAUCAGCUGGUGAUGGAGGGUUACAACUGGUGCCAUGAUCGUAAUGUGGUGACAAUCUUCAGCGCGCCGAACUACUGCUACCGCUGCGGCAAUCAGGCGGCCAUCAUGGAGCUGGACGACACGCUCAAGUACUCUUUCCUGCAGUUUGACCCAGCACCGCGGAGAGGAGAGCCGCACGUCACCCGCCGCACACCUGACUACUUCCUGUGAACCCGCUGCAGCGCAGCGCACCGAUAUAACCUGCCUUCAGUCUGAAAUAACAUGAGGAGAAGAACAGCAGCGCUGAACCGAGAACUGAUGCAGUCGGACCAAAAGGUGUGAGUGAGUGAGUGAGUGAGUGAGUGAGUGAGUGAGUGAGUGAGUGAGUGAGUAUGCACCUGUGUGUUUGUGCCAUAUAUCUAUAUCAGCUGCAGAUCCUCCAUCAGCCCCUCUGCGCUCCUCCUUGAGUCUCUCUGCGUUUCACCUCCAGCAGCACGGAAGCGAACUCUCCUCAGCUUUACUGGUGUUUCCCUCAGUUCUCCCCGUGUAUUGAGGGAGGAAUGAGAUUAGAUGCUUUUCUAUCCCAGGAUAAUCUGAAACCGUGUGUGUGUGCGCGUGUGUGUGUGUGUGUGUGUGUGUGUGUGUCAGACUAUGAGCUUGCCGUCGCUUUAUGUGAUGGGGUGUGUGUAUGAGGGUACAGAUAAAGAAUAAAGAUGAUCUCGCUCCUG